GCCAGCCCAAGGUCAAUGAGCUCCUGUGGAUUAGAUCAAACUUAUCGGUCUUGUCCAAAUUUUUGGCGGCUGGACAAUUAAUGAGCCUUCUCGUAGGAAACCGAGCACGACGGACGAUGUGGUGCCAUCUCAUCAAAAGACCAUCCCUCACUGAUCGGCAAACGCCUUCUCAGGUCAGCCCAGACAUUCACCGCCGUGUUUUGUUCUAACAGUGUGGCAACGCCCGCUUUGUUUUAGGGAUGAGAGGCCUCACUCAACUGUGAACAUCGUUUUGGCCUCAGCUCCUCACCAGCUUGAUGAGUACGGCUACGAAUGAUCCGGACAAGACGCGUAUAGAUGGGUAUACUUAUAACGCGGCCUCUGCUGGGCUUCAGUUGGACGUGCCUUCCAAAACCCAGACUUUGGCGCUCCUUCUUCUUUCACGUCAGCGUCAGCGACCACUAACACGCCACUUUUCCACCUCUUUCUUCAGCGCAACGCCACAUCACGCGCUCGCAUCUUUUCCCAACAUCACCACCCUCGUCAGGCACUUUUACAGGCCUACAUCUCGUCGCAGGACCAACUCGGCAAUGUCCAACUGCGUAUCCCUGGACCAUGUGGUCCUCCGUACUGGGACCCUGAAGGAAGUCGCCCAAUACCUCAAGCAGAUCCGCUCUACAACCACCGAUCCUGUCGCCGUCACCUCCCACCUCCACGAUGCAGUCCUCCAAGGAUCCAUUCCACAAGGCAUCUUCUCGCUGUGGACACCCAUCGCCAACGAUCCUCAGUCGAUUAUUCAGGGACUUCGCCAGGCAGAUAGCCUGUCGGAAAGGGAUGCUGCCAUCCGGGCCUUCGUCAAAGCCCUGCGGUCGUCGAAGACGAUGACGCCAGUGUGGGAUGCCGCUGCCGGUGCUCGAGGUGUCGCAGACAUCAUGAGCAACCUCAGCGUCGAUGAAGUCAAGGAACUGUGUAGCGGCCUAGCCAAAACAGCGUCUCUUUCGAAUGGACGGUCCGAGAGGCACGCGAGGUUGACCGAACUGGUUAGUAUUCUCGGCGCCGAUGCGUCCCAGUCCAAGAACAACCCAGACACGAGGCCACUUCUCCGUUAUUACAAGCAAAUCAUUCCGGCCUGCACAACAGACCGAGUGGCGGAAUACGAAGAAACGGCGCCCAAAUGGACGACCAGGCAGCGCUCAAUCCUACUGCGCACCCAUCCGACCGUCUACGAAGCGAAAUUCUUGGAGUCCAUCUUCUUCAGCAAAGACGCCAAGGCGAAGCUCGCGGAAAUCGACGAGGUAACUUGGACACAGCUCAUCAACAAUGACUAUGCCUUCGGAAAACGGCUGCUGCUCAGAUUCCUUGACUACGGCGCCAAGCUUCCCGUCGAGCCAGAUGUCUUCAUGGAUAAGCUGGCCAAACCGCUCGCAAGUCGUCUGCGGCGCAAGAGACCAGCUGCUCAACAACACCUCACGUUCGAGAUCCUCGAGCUCCUCGUUGAGCUCGUGAAAAUCCAUCCUUCUCUGGCUGACAGAUUGAACGAGAGCCUUACUGGGGUCGUCUUCUAUACGAUCAAGUUGUGGGAAAUGGCACGCUCAAAGCGGCCCCUGAUUGAGCAGCAUCUCGUCGACCUUCUCAAACUUGUGCCAGACAACAAGUUCAAGUCCGUAGACAGCAUUGUAUCUUUCCUCCGAGCCGUCAACCCCGCCGUCUCCUACCGCCUCUUCCGACUCAUGAUCCUGAACUUGCAGUUUUACGGCUUUGAUAUCGACAGAGCCUCUGGCGAAACCGACGAUUCCUUCAAAAAGCUCAAGGGACCCUGGCCAGCAAGCCUCUUCACCACCACGUUUGGCAUCAAAGACCGCCAAGCGUCUCUUCGUCUCUUCGAACGACUCGCGGCACUAUCACCGGAUGGAUCAUUUCUGGGGAGCGCGAUAGAGGCUCAGAGCUCCAUCUUUGAUCGUUGCAGAGAUCCUGAUUCCGACAGAGGCGACUCAGAGGCACUCCAAGUCUUUCUCUCGCAAACAUCCACCAUCGAAUCCGGCCAAGGGCAAGAUUUGGCCAGUUUCGUCGAAACAUGCAUACAGGAGCGCAAGAACAAGGCCUCUUUGAGCCGCGACUGGGAGGGUCGCGCUUUUUGGGCCGUGUCAGCGCUCAACAUGUCGAUUGCAUCAGGGUCUCUGGAGAUCUACGCAGAGACUUUGUUAUGGGCCAGACGUUUCAACAAGGGCUCCAAUACUGUGAGGCACAUCUACGACUCUGGCAACAUUCAUACCACAGAAGGGCGAGGCCUGCUGAGCGGCAUCUCCGAGACAUCUCAUAUUACCGCUCGCCAGGACUCGGACGUGGCGGAGGGAGUUCGAUUUGCCAACAAGAUCAUGCUCCAGCUGCUCGAAACCGCCUCGAUGGCUCUUCGAGAGCCAGAUUUUCAAAAGUGGGACUGGAACAGUGUCAUCGCUCUACCUGCCGCAGUCAUCGCGCAGCGUCUCCGACUGGUGAACGAGUUUCAGGAUGCCUGGAAGCUGACGGAUGCCAUGGUUUUCGAGCUCGUAUGGAAACCAUCACUGGAGCUUCUGCUUGAUGCCGAAAGAUUUCUGUUGAGGCCGGGACUCCAACGGCUCUACCCCAGCCGUCUCAGCGGACUGCUCAACAGUAGUGCCGUAAACGAUUUCGGAGAUUUCAGUGUACGGGCACCAGCUGCAAGGUUCGUGGACGACCUCGCAAAGGCUCGAGAUGAACUGUGGCAGGCGUACCGCUCUCGGGAGUUUCCUGCUGUUCUCACUCUGGGCGAACCUUGGCCCAGAGGCCUGCCGGUGCAGUGUCUUUUCCCGGACGAGCUGCCUGGCUUCAUCAAUAUCGACAGACUGCCUUACAUCCUCUCGAGGAUUGAAAAGGUCGUUUUCGGGGACCCAGUCGUCUUGUUGCGGGAGCUUCCAAGGGACAAAGAGACCCGGUCGGCCAUUGGACCGUGUGCGGACAGCUAUGGGUUUGCCCUGAGGGCCUAUAUCAAACGUCCAAGCGACGACUCGGACAAGGAGAAUCUCGCACGAAAGGCGUGGCGUCACGCUGUUGAUGACCUCUGCAGAGGACGGAUGACGAUAGAAGCAUCUCUUCGCUUCUGGGCCGAGCAUUUCGAUGGGAAUGGGAUCAAACUUCCCCUUGACCUGAGGGCUGAAAUCCCCAGACGGCCUGAACCUACCAUACCCCCCGUUGAUGACCCGAGCUCGCCGACUGAAUGGCAUCCGAGUCAAUCAAACGCGUCUUUGGACUUCCAAGAUUCCAGCACGGUUCCAGCGACAAUCCUUGACCACAUGCUCGAGAAUUGGUCGUCCUGGUUCGAGAGCCUUGGUCUCUUCGACGACGUUGCAUGGAAAGUCUCUGUUGAAGUCACAGCCAGCGGCACUGGCAGCUUCUGGAACAUGUCAACACUCAUCUGGCCAGUUUCAGGCAAGGGGGCUGAUGCCAUUUUGGCCUCUGUUCUACUGACGGUCAACACUACGGAGGGAUCCGACAAUUCGAUCCUGAAGCAACCAUUCCCAUCCGAGAACAAUACGCGCUAUCCUGCGCUGUAUUUGGACCAGGAGUUCCUCGAAACUGUUGAAGAGGACCAUUCCUGGCUCAGUGACUCGCGCAUCAAUCGCAUCAUCAGAUCCGGGCCGCCAGAGUUGCUCGCACAGGUGGUAGAGUCUGUACUUCAAAAGGUGGAGGCGAUCGAGAAGAACGAGCCUGAAGGAAUUCCUCCAAUUCGGUUUGCAAUGACUCUGAUGAAACUGCUUUCACACAGCGACCGACCAUCUCUAGCAUUCCCCCUCGUGCGGGACAUCAUCCUCAACAGACCUGGCGAUAGCGCUUGGCACCGAGAGCUCCUGCACAAGGGUUUCUUCAACACGCUGCGGCCAGCCGAUGCGAAGAGCCUUCUCGGUAUGAUAUCCGAGGGAAUCCAGGAGAAGCUCGACCAGCAGUCGGCCAGAGCCAAAGAAGCAAGGAAGCAGUCCGUCGAGCCGGCGCCACAGCGUACACCCCCUAUCAAGGUCACGACAGUCAAGAUGUUAGCCAAACUCCUUAGUGACGCACCUUUUCUGGAUGUGUCCUCUGCACUCGAUGUUCUUGUCAGUCUUAUUGCCAAAGCUCAGCACAUCGACAUCCGCGUGGCCAUCAUCGAGACCUUGUUCAACACCUUGGAGAGUGAGACGGCCUCUUCAGAAGUGACAAUCAGGAUCCUGUCUCUCCUUGAGCAGUUUGCAGUGCCGCUCGCCGCAUCUCUCAACGAGUUGCGCCCAACUACGGAGGCCGACUGGGCCGACGCAGAGGCUGGCGGCCAAGUCCCCCAUGUCGCUACUCAACGAGAACAGUCAGCCGCUUCCAUCUACCAUCUUUUCUUCCAUCUUGACAAGAGAGUCGGGCUUGAUUCCGAAACCAAACGGAAGCUGGCGGAGAUGACGGCACGGCUCGUGGAGCAAUCUGCCGAAAACAACCAGCGGUGGACGCAUCUCUUCCUCAAGAAACAUGGGUUCUCUGAUGUCCCUGAAAACAAAUUGCCUCUUUCACCCGUGAACCCGGACAUUUUCAAGAUAUUCUCGAGGAGCCCAGAGUACCUCGACCUCUCCACUUUCAAGAUGCUGAGGGGGUUGGUGCUGGCAAACCUUCGGCCGUCUGAGGGUCUCGCUGCGGUCACGAAGAAAGUCGAACGCGACCCUGUGCUUUCUGAUUCAAAUGCCGGUAAGCACUGGUUGGCUUUGUAUGGACGAGGUACGUUCACAAUGUCGCGGUAUGGCUGCACCGGCAUACUGGCAGAAAUGCACCGGAACAUUACGAGUCGGGAGAUUGUGGAUCCGUCAGAACGCAUCCCCUCGGACUUGGCCCGGAAGUUUGCACACCAGAUUGCGGAUAGGCUGGUUAGUUCUGGUGAUUCAGCUUACGUCACGGCUCUCUUCACAAAGAUGACCUCAGCCAUGGUUGAGGAGAAGAGUCUCGAUGCGCUGAAGCGCUGGAAGGUGACAACGAUGCCGGUUCUGGAACAGAUUGUCGCUCGUAUCACAAAUCUUCGCACCCCAACCUGGCAGCGCGACCCUAAACGGCGACCCCGGGAGCUGCCCAGUACGUUCCGCCUCAACGUUGCCAUGCUGGCCGUCCCUCCAGAGCUUGGACUCGAGCAAACGUUUGUUGAAAACGUCUUGAUCCUCAUUAGGGAGCUGACGGAAAGUACAGUGUCAUACCAUGAUGACUGGGCCCAUCUCAAGUACCGGGCAUUGCAUUAUCACAAGGACUGGAGGCCACGUUUUGCUCAUCUCGCACUGCUUUUCGGAUCCCUAGAUGACAUCGAUGUCGAGAGCCCGACGCUCAUAGAUCAUCUGCGCUUUGACAUGGCGAAGCAAUUCGCAGAACAUGCCUACGAUCCAAAAGACGAGGACGUUGUGACGCGACUCAAGGCGAUGCUUCGCAGCUGGGCAGAGUGCCCCGUCGAAAACUUUAGAAACGCUGCCAGAGAUUCCCUAGAUACGCUUCAAAAUGGCUUUGGUAGAGAAUGGUUCAACACAGGCGAAGAUUUAGAACGGGCGGGUUCGGAUUCUGACUGUGUCUCGGAGAUGGAUGACUGAAUCCUGGGCUGGCUGACCUCAUCCAGACAAGAUGUCGUCUCUGCUAUACAUUAGGACAUAAAUAGAAUGCACUUUUACUAUGA